UCUGCCUGUUCGUACGGCUCGCACGGAUGACUUUUGAAUCUACAAUUGAGCUGAGUGUACAUUUGGAACUCGCAAUUGAACCGAUUACCAUCGCAGCGAAGCGAACUCUAAAUUAACUAGAUAAUUGCAUAAGUAGUGUAAUUAAAAUUUUUGAUUAAUUAAAAGUUGAAUUUCGGUGUGUUGAGAAAUGGUGAACUGCAGCAGUAAUUCUGUGACUUAGUGCGUGCGUAUGUGUGGGUGUAACAAUUUGCUAGCAGAAGCCGUGCAGUGUGGUGCGAUCGUUGCAUUACUUUUAGUGUUGCCAAUGGAAAAUUAUUUUUUACCUUUUUGUGCAAAGCUGACACCGUUACAUUUAAUUCGAGUACACACUGCAGAAAUCGUGCAUUUCAUAUUAAUAAAUCCGCUGCAACAACAACAAUAAUCAGUAUCCGCCAGCCAGCUAAUCGCCAACUUUUGCUACCAAUUUGAAUUAACAACCGCUCAACAACCAACCAACGAAAAAAAUAAACAACAACAAAACUAUUUCUCCGUAACGGCGAUCAUUGCAAUCGCUGUGAUUAAUUGCAUGUGGCAGUUGAAAGUGAUUGAUAAAUUGCAGCAGUGCGAUAGCCGUGUUACUGCUGCUACCACACUUGCCACCGCCGAGACGCACAGGUAGAGUCAGGCAGUGCGCGGCAAUGCGUUUCGCCAAAAAUAAAAUCAGCAAAAAUUUUGAGACGAAAAAUUUAAUAAAUAAAUAAUUUGUGCGCGUGCAAAUAUACAAGAAACAAACACACACAAAGCAGGUAAAGAUAAAAACAAAUUAAAAUCAAAGGCGAAACGUGAAAGCAAAAACGAAAAACCAGCAUUCAUUGCACCAACGCAAUUUUUGGAGCUGUGAAAGUGACCGCAUUUUAAUGAGACAAACAAAUGGCGAUGCAUUUGGCAUGGUGAAUUAGUUAGGAUACAAAAUUUGCUAAAAUAUGCGGAGUGAAGAAGUGUAAGGAAAAAACAAACUAAAAGUGUCAGAAAAAAUUAACGCAAAAAACUUUUAAUGCGACUACAAAUGCUACGAAUAUUAAAAAAAAAUAAAAACAAAAUGUAACGAAUUUAACAAAACUCUUCAGCGGAUAGCAGACAAAGAAAAAUUAAAUACAUACGCAUUUAAAAAUAAACAAAAAAAAAACUAGAUCCGGCACCACUUGUAACUUUGUAUAAUGUUGUGAAUAUGUUACAAAAAUAAUUGAAAACAUUAACUUAUUAAAUUUUUAACUACAUUCAUUUCGUAAGAAAGUACUGUCUUCAAAAAUCGAAUCAGCUAACAAAAAUUUUUGUAUCACAAAGUUAAUAAAUUCAGCGCUGACGACAAAAUUGUUAAUUUGAUUGCAACAAACUGAGGUGUUUUCGGCUGGCAAGUUAAAGUCAAGAGAGUAUUCGAAUUCGAGCUUAUGAUUCUUUAUAAACUAAUUGCAUAAAGCCAACCCGAUUUGUUUGGAAAAUCUGGACGAAAUUAAAGUCUCCCCACAAUGCCUCACUGACAUGGCCGAGGGCUGCGAGGAAACGGAGAGCCAGCCAAGCAACCGCAAAGCCGAUAACGCGCCGACCAUGCUCGGCGCUGUCUUGCCAUGCGAAACCGCCAUAACAGCCGCCUCAUUGGGCACUACCUCGACCGCCGCUGGCGGCAUUGUCAUCAAGCGUGAACCUUCAACCAACUCCAGCCCAUUUGUAGACUCCAGCGUACACCAUUUGAGCGGCAGCAUUUCAGCCACAGUUAGUCUCACCGCCACAGGAACGCCCAGUCCGGAAGGCACACCGCCACCGCUCACAACCACAACAACAACACCAACACAAAUAUUGGCCAUCUCACCGAACGGCUGUCGGCCGACAACACCUGCGCUACAACACCCACAGCAACAACGCACAACAACGUCGCUAGUGGCGUGUGCACGCAUCGGUAGUACUACAGCGCCGACUACAGCGGCGGCAGGCCGUUCGUCCUCCUCGUCGUCGUCAUCGUCCUCCUCUUCCAACUCAUCGAUGACUUCGUCCACAUCGUCCACAUCCUCGACCGCUUCAUCGUCGACGACGGCGGCUGUGGCGCCCAAUUCGAAUGCCAACAAAUCGCCUUGCAGCAUAGCGGGGUCGCCGUACUCCACAUCGGCGGUCGCGUCGUCAGUGCGUGGCGUCAUUUCACCAACAUCGCCACCGCUUUCCUCGGCGGCAUCGGUUGCUGCACCAGGCACACCUAGCGGUCUGGAGGCAAGCAACGGCAGUUGCGGCUCAGCAGUUGCUAACGGCAUUGCGGCAACAGUUAGUGGCUUGACGGCAGCGCAGGCAACAACGGCGUCGACUAUGACAGCGAGCGCAACAUCACCGGUAGCAGCGGUGCCACUGGAGCGUACACCUUCACCAACAGCUGAGGCGAACGCAUUGCUGCCACAUGUGGCGCUCAACAUCAAAACUGAAUCGGACUACGACAAAGAGAUCAUCAGCCAUAAAAUUAAUUCGCCGAUUAGUAAUAGCAGCCUACAUGACUUGCACAAUCAGAACUCCUACGACAAGGAUCAUGUCAAGGAAUUGGAAUUUUAUCAGAGUUUAGCCAAGGCUGCCUCACUGGUCAAUCACAAUGAUGCUCAUUCGCGUCAAUCACAUGAGUCCCACGAAAUGUCGCCGACCACUUCGCCGCAGCCGAUGCAAAUCGACACCGAUGUGGGCGAGGACUGCGACGGCCGAGACCAGCUUAGUCGCUUGUCGGAUGCUGAAGAUCACGAGCAGCAGGCGAAGGCUUCAGCUUCAGCAUUGGCGGUAGCAGCAGCGGCAGCGCAGGCGCAUCUAAACGGAACUAUGCAAGACAUGAUAAAUUUACAAAAAUUACAAAAUUUAGCUACGCUUCAGCAACAGCAGCAGCAGCAACAACAACAACAACAGCAGCAACAACAACAACAACACCAUCACAUGCAACAUGCCAAUGGCGGCGGCAAUGGCAUUCACCAUCAUCACCACCAUCUCCACUCGCAACAUCCCAACCUGCACACACCACCCGACGGCACGGCCACGCCGGUUAGUGUGGGCCAGAAUGUCACUCCGGCGACGGCUGCAGCAUUAGCAAGUCUUCAGGGAUUAGCGGCAGGUAUCAGCGCUUCAGCGGCUGCAGCAGCAGCACUCAAUUCGCCGCUCAAUUUGACUGUUGGUGCCGGUGCGAGUGGUAACAGUGGCAUCACUGCCUGUCUGCCCUCGGUGGGCGCCACCGCCACCGGCACACACAGCGCUCCGUGCUCGCCCAGUGCUCUUUCCGCUUCGAAUGUGCUCGCCGCAGCAGCCGCUGCCGCAGCUGCCUCUAACAAUAAUAACAAAGUCAUGUCACAUGCCGGCAAUUGUGGCGGCGGCGGCGGUACUGGUCAGGAUAAUCCCAGCAGUACAUCUCCCAAUUCGAGCUCGAUGCAGGCACAGACAAUGGCUCAGAAUACAUUGGCAAAUGUGUUGAAUUCGGCUGCAGCAGCUGCGGCGGCAGCAGCAGCAGCUGGUGCGGCAGCCACUGCCUCACCGCCACCCACGCUUUCCACACCAACGGCGAGUGGUCAAAUGCCGCAAUUGAUACUUGCCUCGGGGCAGCUGGUGCAAGGCGUGCAGGGAGCGCAGCUGCUCAUACCAACGGCGCAAGGCAUUGCCGUUCAGACCAUACUCACAAUUCCGGUCAGCCCGCAGAUUAACACCAACGAGCAGUUUUUGCAGAAUUUCGGCGCCUUCGCGUCAUUCCAGCAACAGCAGCAGCAACAAGCGCUCUUACCGCCUCCGCUACCACCAGCGCUAGCCGCUCUCCAGCACGCCUCAACCCUGCCCCAACUAGCACAAACACCAACGAAUUUACUCAAGCCGAACUUAUUCUCGAGUAGCGUUCAGCAGCUGUUGGCCGCGCUACACCCGGAACUAUUCGCGGCUGCUGCAGCAAAUCAUCACCUGCGCGCCUCCCCCCAAGCAAUGCAUCAAGCGCAGCAGCAGCGCGCUGACCAGCAAUCGGCGUCGCAACCGCCACAUCUCGCUCACCUGCCGCCUCCGCCGCAUCAUCACCUUGCUGCACAUACGCAUGCUUUGUCAAAUGAUUUGCAUUUGGCUGCCGCGGCCGUAGCUGCAGCAGCGCGCAACACUGAACGCGGUGGUCAUUCGCCAGCCAGAUCUCCACCCCUUCAUGGCAUUGGUAGUGGGGGUGAGCGUUCAAGCGCCUCUAGUUCAUCGUCAAGUACAAAAGCCGCCGCAGCAGCAGCGGCUGCAGCUGCAGCAGCCGCCUUCCAUCUGCAACAGCAGCUGCACAUCAAACAAGAAACGUCACCGCGUCAUCAUCACCAUCACUCACUGCAUCCACACUCCCACCACUCGCUACGACAUCCCGCAGAUGAGCUCGCCUCGCCGAACCGCGAGCAUGGCAAGUCAGCGGGCUCAUCUUCUGCAUCCGCUUCAAUGCAUAUGCCAACGGAUGUGAACGCUUCACCGCCGCCUGGACUUAGUUCGCACCACCAUCAUUUCCACCAUCGCGGUAGCGGGAUGGGUUCAGGUCACCAGGCCAACUCAACGCCAUCGCCGCGGCCUAACUCGUCCACUUCCCUGUGCACAAUGGCGCUGCGCGAUCGUGAUAGAGACCGCGACAGGGACAGGGAGCGGGAAAGAGAUCGAGAAAGGGAGCGUGACCGUGAACGAGAUAGAGAAAGAGAACGCGAACGUGACCGCUCCGAACGCACUGAGACACACAUCAAACGCAGUCCAACUCGUAGCGGCGGCUCGCUAAAUAAUGGACCCGGUAGUGGCGUGUGCGGUGGCAUCAAUCUCAGUCACCAUUCUUUGAAACGCGAAAGGGAACGUGACCGCGAGCAUUUGAGACGUUCUUCUUCACCGACACUCGGCGCCGGUGCUAGCUCAACACAAUUGACAGCCCUUGGUCGCAAUUCCUCCUGCACUUCGAACGCUCUGAGCUCUUCCACUUCCAACGCAUCCUCCUCAGUCAAUGCAGCGGCGUCAACAGCAUCCGCAUCGGUAUCCGCAAGUGGCAAUCAACAUCACCAACACGGGCAUCACUCACACCUGCAUCAUCCAGGCCAUCAUCAGGCCCACCACAAUUUGCACCAUCAUCCACACUCGCUGACGGCAGGCGUCACAACAAGUUCGGCUUCCGCGUCAUCGGCCACCGGCGUAUUGUCGUCUUCAACGUCAGCGGCAUCCAACGAAAGAGGCUAUUCAUCUCCUUUGCGCAACAGUGCUGGUCAAUUGUUUCGCACCCACUCGCCCUCUCCCAGCUCUACGGCAGCGGUGGCAGCCAUAACGCACUUGCAUCAUCAUCAACAUCAGCAGCAGCAACAACAACAGCAGCAACACGGCCAGCAUGCACACAAUAUGAGCUCACCACACGAACAUGAUUUCCUGGGAAAUGGCGGCGGCGGACUGAGAACAUCUCCGUUGGGCAUGGGUGUUGGAGGCGGAGGCGCUGGCGGUGCAUCGAUGAGCAUGGGUGUCAGUGGCCCACCCUCAUCUGCGACGUCUGUAGCGACUAACAUGCUCAAUAGCAUGAAUAGACUCUCCGCCUCUGCGAAUGGUGAAUUGACCAUAACAAAAUCAUUGGGUCCACCAUCGGCAACAGCGAUACGUGCUUCAUCUGCCUCGCCCACAUCGCCGGGGCCCAGUUUAUCGGCGCUAGGCAUAAACACCUCAUCCGCCGCCUCACAUUUGGUGCAUCAUCCACACCAUGGCAUGCAUCCGAUGAAGCUCAGCCCGACGACCAGUGCUGUACUUCAGCGUGAACGGGAACGUGAACGUGACCGCGAUCGGGAACGGGAACGGGAUAGAGAGCGUGAUAGAGAACGAGAGCGUGAGCGCGAAAGGACCGGCGGCAGUGGCCACGGAGAGCCAUCAUCACAGCUUUCACCCAACGGCACAGAGGGUUCGAGUGGCGCACAUGAUCUUCUAUUGGAUUCACCGAAUGAGCCGACCAUCAAUCAGGCGACCACAAAUGUCGUUGAAGGCAUCGAUUUGGAUGAGAUCAAAGAGUUCGCCAAAGCUUUCAAACUGCGCCGCUUAUCGUUGGGUCUCACCCAGACACAAGUGGGUCAGGCAUUGUCGGUGACUGAGGGACCAGCGUACAGCCAAAGCGCCAUAUGCAGUGCACUUGCCGCACAGAUGUACGCCGCCCAACUGUCGUCGCAGCAGCAAAACAUGUUUGAGAAAUUGGAUAUAACGCCAAAGAGCGCGCAGAAAAUCAAGCCAGUUUUAGAACGCUGGAUGAAGGAGGCCGAAGAGAGCCACUGGAAUCGUUAUAAAUCUGGACAGAACCACUUAACCGAUUACAUAGGCGUGGAGCCAUCGAAGAAGCGCAAGCGCCGCACGUCAUUUACGCCACAGGCUUUGGAGCUGCUAAAUGCGCAUUUCGAGCGCAAUACCCAUCCAUCGGGCACCGAAAUAACCGGCUUGGCGCACCAAUUGGGUUAUGAACGCGAAGUGAUACGCAUUUGGUUUUGUAAUAAGCGGCAAGCGUUGAAAAAUACAGUGCGAAUGAUGUCCAAGGGAAUGGUGUAAGGGAUGUGACAGACGAAAGAUUGCUGGCCGAUAGAAGCGCAAAAAGAAGAGAAUGGCAAAUUCUAUUAGAGUUCUACGCAUGUAUGUUGAGGGCGAAGAAACAGCAAGAUGCAGUCGGGCAAAGAGACGCUUUUAAGGAGAGUUGAUUAAAAUUUACGAAGGCUGAGGGCCAUGGCUCUCUGGAAAUUAUGUAUUCAGAGAUUAGAUUUGCGGGUCUAUUAAAAAAAAAAAACAAAAACUGUUUCCACAAAAGACAUUUAAUUUUUUAUGUAGCUCACUUUCAUCAAACUCUGAAUUACUUCAGCAGGAUGCGAGUAAUAAUUUUUUUGUAUUUAUUAGUUUGUAAAAAAACAUUUAACUUUUAAGCACAGCAAAACACAAUAAAUAC